AUGUUUUGGAUACCAAUUGCGGUGGUGAUUGAACAAGCAUCAGUUUUGCCAGGUGCGCUACAAGUAGAGCCUGCGGUACUCUUCUGUGCGUCUGUAGCUCAAGAGAUAUAUAUGACGAAGGAGAUGAACCUGAAGAUCAAUCAUGAUUGUCAAGCGGUAAGCAACGGUGGCGCAGCUUCUGAUGCCGGCACCGUCUCAAGCUCCAGAGUUUCAUCUCUCCUGGCCUCCAAAGAUCGUGACUUUCUUCUUUCUCCAACUGGAAAUCAGGUGAAAGUUUGUGAUCUUGAGGGGAAGAUCAUAGGGCUCUACUUCUCAGCCAACUGGUACCCGCCAUGCUGGAACUUCAACCAAGUCCUGGUUGGCAUCUAUGAGCAGCUCAAGAGUAGUGGGUCUAAUUUUGAGAUUGUGUACGUCUCGUCUGAUGAAGACGCCGAUGCCUUUAACAUCUACCAUGGAUGCAUGCCAUGGCUGGCCAUUCCCUUUUCUGAUUUGGACACCAAGAAAGCUUUGAACCGUAGGUUUGACAUAGAAGGCAUUCCCAGCUUGGUUAUUUUACAUCCUAACGAUAAUAAAGACGAGGCUAAUCUGCGCGAUGGAGUUGAACUUAUUUACCGCUACGGGGUGGAAGCCUUCCCUUUUACAAAACAAAGGUUGGAAGAAUUGCAAGAUGAGGAGAGGGCGAGGCAUGAGAACCAAACUUUGACGAACUUACUAACAAACCACGACAGAGACAAUCUUUGGGGUCACCCUACGCCUGAACAGGUGCCUGUUGCUGCAUUAGUAGGCAAAACAAUUGGACUCUACUUCUCAGCUCAUUGGUGCCGUCCAUGCGUUAAUUUUACUCCUAGGCUGAUCUCCAUCUACCAGAAGAUUAAGGAGCAAAUGCUGGUAGAUGGGGAUCAAGACGGAAAGGACUUCGAGAUAGUAUUUGUGUCCAGUGAUCGUGACCAAGCAUCGUUCGACUCCUACUUCGACACCAUGCCAUGGCUAGCGUUGCCUUUUGGAGAUCCAAACAUCAAACAACUAGUCAAGCAUUUUGAUGUCAAAGGUAUCCCUUGUUUGGUAAUUUUAGGGCCUGACGGUAAAACCGUGACCAAGCAGGGUAGGAAUCUCAUCAACUUGUACCAAGAAAACGCCUAUCCCUUCACCGAGGCAAAACUGGAACUGCUGGAGAAAAAAAUGGAUGAGGAGGCUAAGAGCCUCCCUAGGUCGGUGUACCAUGGAGGGCACCGGCACGAGCUUAACUUGGUAUCGGAAGGCAACGGAGGAGGACCCUUUAUAUGCUGUGACUGUGAUGAACAAGGAUCAGGUUGGGCUUACCAAUGUCUUGAAUGUGGAUAUGAGGUGCACCCCAAAUGUGUGACUCUGACUGUUGCAGCCAAUAUCAAUAGGUGA